AUCGCAGGGCCACCAUCACCAACAGAACACGCGCACUUAAUCGGCCUAAGUGACAACUCCAUAAAAGCAAAAGAUGAUCAAAGCUGUUGAAUGGAAAAUUGUCUUAAUCUGCAGUUUCAGAAUGGAGGUGGACCUCAGUGGUAUUUCCAGGGCAGCCAUGCCUGUUCUCUCUGCACCUGCUGUAGAAGUGAAAUCUCUGGGUAAAACAGAGCCUGAGAAGCCUCGCAGUUCCAGCACGCCAUGCUCUCCAGUAAAGCAGAUUGUGCCUAGCUAUCAGAUUCUUCACAUGGACACCAACUACUUGGUUGGCUUUACUACCGGAGGUGAGCUUUUAAAAUUGGCUCAAAGGUGGUCGGGCAAUGAGCCAGGUGCAGCAGAAACUUUGCCCAGUCAACAUACUAAGCAACAUGAUGUGGGAUUGUCUAGAAGUUCUGGCAUCUACAGAACAAAGAAUCGAUAUUAUCAACCAUAUGAGAUCCCAGCUGCAAAUGGUAGAAGACGACGGCGAAUGCCUAGUUCGGGGGAACAAACCAUCAAGUCACUGUCUUUUGAAUCCAGCAAAUGUCUACGUGGACCUUUGCCAGUUUGCCUCAUCAAAGGAAAGAGGGCCCCGUCAAAAUCCUUGGAUUACCUAAAUCUAGAUAAAAUGAAUAUUAAGGAACCAGCAGACACAGAGGUACUGCAGUACCAGUUACAACAUCUCACACUUCGAGGGGAACGUGUGUUCAGCAGAAAUAAAACUUGAAAAGAAAAUUAAUGGCUUUAUUCAAGAUACACAGAGAACAACACUGGGCUUUUGGAAGUCAGUGUGAUACUUGCCCGAAUUUCAUUGUGACUGAGGGGAGUGGAUGAACUAGACAACUUGACAGGAGAUAGUUGACUUCCUUGAUGGAAUAUUGAUUCUAUACAAAUUGUACCAGGCCACAAAAUCAGUUCUCCUUCUGAUAGGAUUAUUAUGGGUUAGAUAGUGUCUGUGGAAUAUGUUACAUCCCAGAAAGAUUAGAAACAAUGUACUUCAACAUUACUGGUAAAUGGCUGAAAUGGUCACCUUUUGUUAGGACUGGGGUAAUAUGAAUUAGUUGAAAAAAUUGCUAACUAUUAUUUUGUAGCAAUAAUCUAUUGUGAAAAGUCAUCUUCAGUUUAACCUUUUCUACAGUUUGUUAUUUAGAUUUGAAGUUAUAACUGCAUAAGCAUCUAUUAUUGGAAGGCAGUUGAAAUUGGAUCUAAAUAAAUUAACAGCUGCUUAGGUCCUAUCUAAUAAUAAAGGUUAAUUUGAAAUGGCUUUUUUUGCAGUUAUAUGAAGGUUCAAUUUAUUGUCUGCAGCUUAAACUGAUAAAUAUCUGAUCUGUAUUAGGAGGCAACUACUUGCAGAGUAGUAGUUUUGCUGUCCAUUUGCACUGGUACGUUAACAGGAACUGGAGUUUUGAGGAAGGGUCACUAGACCCGAAACAUUAACUCUGAUUUCUUUCCACAGAUGCUGCCAGACCUGCAGAGGUUUUCCAGCAAUUUCUGUUUUUGGAGCUGUUGUUUGACUGGAAAUGUUUUCAGCACAAAAGUAAUGAACUUCUAGCUUGAUAAAUGAUAAACUCCAUUACAGCCAGCCUUUUAACCCAUCCCUAUGUUAUUCUAGUUCUUUGUGAGCUUGUUACUUUUCCACCUUAGAAGAAGACAAACUGCAUAAGUUGGUUUGAAAACAGGGAACUCUCACAGUUCUUUCUCAAAUGAUUAGUUCGGUCCUGCAUCCAUGUGAAUCAACAAUUAAAGUCAUGAGAUGCAACUUAAAAAUUAAAUGGCCUCCUUUUUGUAAUAUUUUAGUAGGAAUUUCAUAAAACUUUUCUCCUUAUUUGCUUUGCCCAACUCAAGCAACUUAAUAAAGUGCUGAACACAGUAUAGAAUUUCUCAGUGUCCUUUUGAUACUAAUUUACAAUGCUACAGCAAGCUUUUGAAUAUGUGAAAAAUAUCCAUAGAGCUGAAGAUUUUAAUUUAACUCUUUCCAACUUAGUCAUGUCACAAUUUUCCAUUAUUCCUCAAUGUAUAGAGCACUUAAGUGUUGGUUCUGUUGCUUACUAAACUGACGCUGAUCUAUUUGCAACUUAUGCCUGAUCUAUCUUCAGGACUACACAGGUGCCUAAGCUUUAAAAGCCUGCUUAUGUUGAAUUUGGUUGGGAAUUUACAAAAUGAAUGAGGUGAGAGGGAGGUUUUCUACAUUUGCUAGAAACCGGUCAGCAACCCUCUAGAAGCUACUGAUAUAAUUUUAGAAAUUAGAUUCAGAUUGUAUUCUUAGACAUAGGAUAAUGUUACACAAUUAACUCAGUGGGAUUAAUUGACCCCUUCAAUUUUCCAAUCUGAUCUUGUGUUUUGGGAAAAUGGAGUUUAGAAGAUUCCUGAACUGAAAUUACAUUAAUAUAACUUUGCAAUCCUUUCAUUGUUCUUCAGUUUUGCUUUUGAAAUCUGAAGACAGAUUGAAACUUGGUCAAUAGUCCGUUAAAUAUUAGAGAUUUAUCAUUUGUCUGUUAUCCAGAGAUUACAUUGUUCAGCCAAUUUUGCAGAAGUCUGACUUUCUUCUGUCAGCUUUUUUGCCAAAACACAGCGUUUUUUUCAAGCGAUAAUGGGAAACUCUCUGAUGAAGGGUCUAGGCCCGAAACGUCAGCUUUUGUGCUCCUGAGAUGCUGCUGGGCCUGCUGUGUUCAUCCAGCCUCACAUUUUAUUAUCUUUUUUUUUCAAGCUACCUGGUACAAAAUUGCUGGUCUGCAGUGAAGUAGCAUUAAGAUAUAAUGAUGGCCACUGGAAGGUGAAAUACACCAUAUAUUAGAUGAUUGAUUAAACCAUUUUGCACUCUUUCUUUAAUAUUUUGACUCCAGUGCUGUCUUCUAGAGUGCUAGAUGUGGUUCUCUGAAACACAGGGUUGGCAUAACAAGAGCUUAUGGUAGAAACAUCUGACCUGCUUUUGCGUCCUAAUAAAAUGUCUCCAGUUUUGUUGGGGGGAGGGUGGGUGCAAUUUAUUAGGAUGUCUGCCCUCACAGCAAAUAGUGUGGCUAAAAAUGGAAAAACCAGUUCUAAUCUAUUAUUUAAUGUUCUUUUUUUAAUUAGAUUUACAGCAGCUAGUGUCAUAAUAAAAUUCAGUGAAAUGGAUGAUUAAAACAAGUAAUGGAAAUUAAAUAUAGUCAGCAAAUACGGACAUUUUCAAGUUUCAGUUCUGAAUUUUUAUGUAAUUCUAAUAACCUGAAAUGUUAAUCUCAUUCUGUGUUCUAUUGUAUUUUGGCAUUUGUUGUUCUGAAGCAGGAAUUGUUCUGAAACUGAGAGGCCCCUAGUCAUAUGAUGAUAGAAUUCCUUUUCUAGUUUGUAUCUAAUUUAAAUAAAGCAAUAUGAGGA